CAGUUACCAUUAUCAAUUUUCGGAGAACGCCAGAUUUCAAUGUCCUGCUGUGUGAGCGACCUGACAAAAAAAAUCAAAACACGUUGACGAUGACGUCCAAUUUCCCGUGAAAACUCGAUAGGAUGACUGUGGAAAAUGCGGGGAAACUCGGCUUUAGUGGAAAUCUGCAGGAAGGUGAAGGAGAACUUUGAAAAAUUGUGGUAUUUUGAGUGUGAUGUUGAGUUUGAUGGAAGAGGCAAUGUUUUGAAGCAGGGAUGUUGAUCACGGAUCAUCUGAAAGCUGCUGGUGGAGUAACCAUGCUGGGUACUUUCGCUGGUAUAAUCGUGGUGAUGGUGAUGCUCCUUCUUUACAUAAGGAACAGGAGGUCUUGGUGGAACUCUGUCAGCGGGAUGAGCUGCUGUGACGAAAAUUGCCCCCCGGUGUCUUUGAGGUCCGUACCACCCCCACCAGUGCCUUCUGCGAGGCAGCUAGCAGCACAUGAAUUAGCAAAAAAUUCCUUUGAUAUGGUAGAUAGGCGCACAGAUUCAGAAAAUUACACUAAUCAACAUAGGGAUCUACCACUUCAUCCACUCAAAGAAACAGCCGCACCUUUCUUCCCUCCAGAACAAGACCUGAUAUCUUUGGUGGAGAAGGGAAGAGUUGGCAUCAGUAGCAACAGCUCCUGUUGCAGCUCAAACACUAGCUCUGUUGGCGAGAAACAUGAGGAAAUCUCAACUGAAAGACACGUCCAUCACACAGACGAUAUGAAUACGAGAACAUCGUCUGAUAUCAAGGAAAGCAAGAUCGAUAACCAAGGUGUCGACUACAAAAAGUGUCAGACGUCUCCAACUCUUGAGGAGAUAGACGUUAAGAGCAACAAACAUUGUAUCGUCAUGAUGAACAAUGACAUGGAAAUAGCAAACCUACCCAGCACCUCCAUAUCUGACCACAACAUAAUCCAACACCAAGUAGAAUCACCUACUCCAAUUAGUUACAAGCAUGGACAUCUAGAGAUAGCUCUGCAGUAUGACGCACCUAUGAGAAAAAUGACUGUUCAUGUUCUACAAGCCAGAGAUCUACCCAGUAGAGAACGUGGACAACCCACAAACACUCAGGUUCGCCUCAUAUUACUCCCCAGCAAAAAGCAGAAAUUCAAAACCAAGAUCAGAACUGGAGAUAACCCUCAGUACAUGGAGAGUUUUCUUCUACAUAGGAUCAAUCCAGAAGACGUGAAUUCGAUGGGAUUAAGACUUCGACUCUAUGGAUGUGAAAGAAUGAGGAAAGAGAGGCUGAUUGGCGAGGCGAUGGUAAGCUUUGCCAACAUCAACCUGGAGCUGGACAACAACUUCUGGUUGAACCUAGAGCCCCGUUGUAACACCUCUCUCAAUGCCACUGGUUGUGGAGAUGUAAUGAGCUUGACAAGAUCCGAUAGCACUGGGUCUACCCAUUCUUUGUCCAUGCAACAUGGUGGUGUUCCGGAACUACUACUAGGUCUUUCUUACAAUGCCACCACUGGUAGACUGAGGGUUGAAGUGGUUAAAGGCUCACACUUCAGAAAUUUCUCGGCCAACAAAGCACCAGAUACUUUCGUCAAGCUCAAUUUGGUCAGCAGCACUGGACAUGAAUUGGCUCACAGCAAAACAACAGUGAGGAGAGGCCAACCGAAUCCUCUCUUCAAGGAAACAUUUAUAUUUCAGGUGGCCCUCUUUCAGCUAGCUGACGUUACCCUGAUGAUAUCAGUCUACAACCGCAGGAGAAUGGCAAAAAAGAAGGAGAUGGUCGGCUGGUUCAGCCUAGGCUUGAACUCAAGCGGCGCAGAAGAACUGGCGCACUGGAUGGACAUGAAGGAGUUCCAGCAGCAGCAGAUCCUGCGAUGGCACGUCCUGGUGCAGUCAUAGCCUCGGGUUACUCCACAUAUCGAGCCAAGGGUUGAUUUUCCAUUCGGUAUAUUCUAGGGUUUUUCCGGAAGUGGAUCCCGGAACUCCGGCCUUGCAUCCCUUCUGGGCGCGGUUCCGGGGUUAGGUUUGUUCAGGCUCCAGGUUUGGAUCACCUCGCCUGGACUUUUAUCUCGUGAUUUUUGUGAUAUAAUUCCGUGUCUUGCAAGGGUUCCCUUUUUUUAUAUUUCACGUUUAUUGGAAGGGUUUUCCGCUUUGGAAUGGAUACUGAAGGAUCAAGCGUUGACGUUUCGACAUUUAGUGCAAUUUUAUUUUAUUGUUAUAACUCGUACUUUAAGUUCUUUUCAUAUUGCAUCUCUUAGAAUUUUUUUUAAUAUCGCUUAGAUUUUUAUUGAAACUUAGUUUUUUAUUCGUAUUGUUUCUUCAUUGUUUUUUCUUGCACAAAUAAAGUUCUAUUCUUUUA